AAUCCAGUCAUAGGUGGUAGGGCUAUUGUAUGCCAAGGGAUCAUGGUAUUGCAGGAUGUUAAGAUUAAUAGAAAGUCAAUCAGCCAUGAAUGCUUUUUUAUGCUUGUACCGCCAACGAGAGGUUGUUUUAUGACUGCGAAAAACACACCCAACCAGAAGAUUGCCGAGUUCUUUAAAUUAGCAUGCACAUUAGAAGGUAGGCUUUAUGGACAUUAUCGCAAUGCUAAGUGCCGUGUUCUAUAAUACAUUGCAGUGCUGUGAGAACGCAAGGAAAGAAACAUACGAAAACAGAGAAAGAACCGUUGCAUGAAAAGAAAGCUAAUUUACUGCAUCAACUGCUCGGAAGCAGGUAUCAAAUCCAUAUUAUAAAGAUUCUAAAUGGAUAGCAAGACGGAAAUGGCAACUCUUGAGCGAGAAUGGACGGAACAAUACCUCGAGUAUUACGUCAAGAAAUAUCUGGAAGAAUACGAGGAAUCUACCAGUGACACUUCGGAAGGUUCAGAUUAUAGCAUGAUGGACUGGGAUUUUCAAAAGAAAGGACUGCUAGAGCGAGAAAGGCUGUGGCUAAAAGCAAAAAGAAGGAAGAAGAUAACAAAACAUUUCAAUACUAUGGUCAAGUACUCUACAUUUCAUGGCCUACAGUUUUGUUUCAAAAAGGAGAGUCCUUUACGGCGAACUGUCUGGUGUCUCUUGCUACUUAUUUGCAAUGGAUUACUUGUUCAAAAGAUGUUUGAAAGCACUCAGCAUUAUCUUGAACAUCCAUUCAGUACAACUAAAUCUGUGAAGUACAAAGAAAGCUUAACUUUCCCAGCCGUGUCUCUAUGUAACCUAAAUGACAUGAGACACUCUCGAAUGGUUGGUACGAAACUACACAAGCUUAUCAUAGAACGACAACAGAAUAUCUCUAAACAAUUGAGUGGCAAUGAGUAUAUGAACACAAUACGACAGGCGAACCAUAGACUAGAAAACAUGUUAUAUUCAUGUACAAUGGAUGGGGUAAAAUGCACAUCUGAAGAUUUUUCGUUGUUCUAUCAUAAGCAAGGAGACAAGUGUUUUACUUUUAAUUCAGGAAGACCCAGGUACAAGCUAGUCAAAACAAAUCGUAUUGGUCCACAACAUGCGCUUGAAUUAACAAUCAAUAUUGAAUUUUGGGAUUAUUAUGACGACGCAGUUCAGUCGGGGAUUCACUUGAUUCUUCAUGGCCAGGAAGAGACCCCAGUUACAAUGGAAGGAUUUAGGAUCUCACCUGGAUUUAUCACCUAUGCAGAAGUAAAGAAAACACAAAGGCGAAAUUUACCAAGUCCGUAUAAAACACAAUGUGGUAGCUUAAAGCUAAAAUACUUUAAAGGUUACUCAAGGAAUCUAUGUUGGCUUGAGCAGCUCACUGAUGACGUUGUUGGCCAUUGUGGCUGCAAAGAUUGGUUUAUGCCAGGUGAUUACAAAGUCUGCUCCCUAACAGAACUGGAGAUGUGCCUUUGGUCGAGAUGGGUUGACUUCGACAAGUACAAAAAAUACUCGUGUCCUUUGCCGUGUGUUAUUGAUAGCUUUACAACCAAAACCUCCUUUUCCCGCUUUCCAACACAUGAUGGAUCAGAAAGUAUGGCAAAAGAAUUGAAUCUUAAUGGAACGUCUCGGGAUAAUCACAAGUUUCUUUCGGACAAUUUUCUGAAAGUUGUUAUCUAUUAUGGUGAUCUUAGCUACGAAUAUCUUGAACAAAAGCCAUCCUACGACUUGCUUGUUUUCUUAGGUGAUAUUGGUGGUCAAAUUGGGUUAUUUGUUGGUGCAAGUGUUCUGACGUUCUUCGAAUUUAUUGACUGUUUUCUCAUGUGUAUUCAUGCAAGGUUCUUCGAGAUUUUCAGACCAAGGGAAACACAGCUAUAAUGAAGGUAAA